UUGACAGGGCUAUUAAAAAGGAAAGAUAAUUUUUUACUGGCAAGAUUUGUUAUUUCUUUUAUAAAAGAUUUAAUAAGAAGUAAUACCACAGCAAGAGAACAUUUGUAAGGCAUUUAUUCAUUUUAAGAUAAUAUAUGAAACUAGAGCAUUAUGAAGAAACAUUAACCAGUUGGAAGAUAUGGCUGCGACGAGAAAAUUACAAGUUAAGUGGCUUUUAGGCGAAAUUGAUAGGUGUUUAAAAAAAGUUACUGAGGGAGUAGAAACCUUCGAAGAUAUUUGGCAAAAAGUACACAAUGCUACAAAUAAUAACCAAAAGGAGAAAUAUGAGGCCGACCUUAAAAAGGAAAUUAAAAAAUUACAAAGACUUCGAGACCAGAUUAAAAGUUGGAUUGCCUCUGGGGAGAUCAAAGACAAAAGCACCCUAAUGGAUUACAGAAAACUUAUAGAAACGCAAAUGGAGAGGUUUAAAGUGGUAGAAAGGGAAACAAAAACAAAAGCAUAUUCAAAAGAAGGGCUGGGAGCUGCUCAAAAACUGGACCCUGCUCAAAAAGAACGUGAAGAAAUAUCAAAUUGGUUAGUGAUGUGCAUAGACCAGUUGAAUAUUCAGAUUGAUUCAUUUGAGUGUGAAAUUGAGUCACUUCUGGCAAAUAAAAAGAAAAAACUCGAUAAAGACAAACAGGAGAGGAUGGAUGAACUCAAAGCCAAACUGGAGAAGCAUCGGUUUCACAUACGUAAACUAGAAACUCUUCUAAGAAUGCUGGAUAACAUGUCAGUUGAAGUUUCACAGAUAAAGCAGAUAAAAGAUGACGUAGAGUAUUAUGUGGAUUCGUCGCAGGAUCCCGAUUUCGAAGAGAAUGUGUACCUGUACGACGACAUAAUUGGUUUAGAUGAAGUCGAGCUCUCUGGCGUAGGACUGCCCUCGUCUGCGACGACGGACAGUAACGAAACGGGCGGAACGCCAACCUCCACGAUUUCAGGAUCGUCUCCUAUUGCGUCUCCAUCACUCAGCAACCCCCCGUAUAACCAUUCCAGCGACAGUUCUAACGAAGACAAGAAAAAUCAGUACAAGGAGGCACCAAAGCCGGUGAAACCGAUGGCAGUACGGGCGGCAUCUUCAACGAUAACCGCGACAUGUAACUUGAACAGUAGCAGCAACUCGACACUCAGUUCAAGCGGGAACAGCACGACGUCGACACCGAACAGUAAAACGACGCUUCACACCAGCGUCGCCGUCCCGAAUAGCAAAAACCCAUUAAGAGAAAACUCACCGAUACUCCAACAACCGCAACAACAACUGCAGCAGCUGCAACAACAAAACGUUGCCCCCGUUACCGUAGCACCAAGUAACACAGGAGGAGGUAGCGGUGGAAGCACGACAGGAAACUUUGCCGCCAUCGCAGCCGCCGGAAGCAAUGCAAACUUGUCAAAAAUCAACACAAGCAGUACGACAGAUAGUGUUCAAUCAACUGUGAUAACCAGCAGUAACAGCAUUAGCCAAACGAGUACGAUAUCAGCUCCGUCGAUAUCGCCCGCCAUGACCACCGUGAUCCAUCACGCCCCCCUCGCGUCGAUAGCAACGUCGAAUCCACCCAGCGGACACGUUCAAACAGUAGUGGUAAAUAGUACGCAAAAACAGCCAAAUACGUUCACGGAGCACAAUAACCAAAAUAGCGUGAGUCCAGUAUCUAGCGUUUCGAGCAGGACGUCGCCCCUCUCCAAUUCGGACUGUAACGUUCAAAUAACGACGGGGGGUCAACCAGUCCUAAACGGCCCUCUCAUCGCUGAAAACAAGGUAACAGAUGGAAUGUCCACCCUUAAAACGAUAGCACAACAGGUAAUAGAUCGUGCUGGUUUGGACGGGAGCAGCAGUAAUGGAAAUAAUACGUCGGUCGUGUUGGAUGCUAGCAAACAAACAAGUGUGGGAGGUGGGGGAGUAGUAACGAACGCGAGUGCGGGAAAAUCGGAAGCGCACAUCCCUCCACUGCUGGGUGUAGCUCCCCUCGGGGCUGUGCCUUUACAGAAAGAGCACCAACAACAGUUUCAAAUGAUGGAAAGUGCGUACUAUCACAUGCCCCACCCGUCCGAUUCAGAACGAACGAGAACAUAUUUGCCUCGCAAUCCUAUCCAUACACCCCCGUACUACAUACAGCAGCCUCUGCCUCAUUCCGACACUUUGGAGUUUUAUCAGCGAUUGGCGACCGAAACGUUAUUCUUCGUAUUCUAUUACAUGGAAGGAACAAAGGCGCAGUAUCUUGCGGCCAAGGCGCUCAAAAAACAAAGUUGGAGGUUUCAUACGAAGUAUAUGAUGUGGUUUCAGAGGCAUGAAGAACCCAAAAUUAUCAACGAAGAAUACGAACAGGGGACAUACAUUUAUUUCGACUAUGAAAAAUGGGGCCAACGAAAGAAGGAAGGGUUCACAUUCGAGUACAAGUACUUAGAAGAUCGAGACCUGAACUGAUGAAAGCAUUUUAAAAAUGUUUCUAAUAUAUAAGUGAUAAAAACAAUUUGUAAUUUAAAUAAU